UCUCUGACUUUCCUUCGGGUGGGUCUCACCACCCACCACCCCCACCGCCCUCAUAUACCUCUACAACAAAAACCGGGUCCACGGAAUCAUCUACUGUCAUUUACACCUCCGUAGAGACUACGCAUGCGUAAUAUCAUAUGGUACCUCUCUCUCUCUGUCAAUAGGUGUUUUGUGAUUUAUACAAAUAUCUAAUGGUUUUUUAUAAUAUAUGAUUACACCUCUUGAAAAUUACCUCAAGGCCCGACUUUUCUCUCUCAUAUAUGUGUGUGUCAUAGAUGGUUUUGUUUAUUUUUUGGAAUGAAGAAUAUUGUGAAAUAUAUACCCAUUUGGUAAGUAUGAUAUACUCGGAUCCGUUGCUUCUUUACAUGGGUAUUUAUGUAUUUGUGUGAUGGGUUUGUGAUUGUUUUGAAGCAAUUACUAGUUUUCUUUCUUGCUAAUGGGGUUUAUAAUGAUGGGUGUUUCUUUAUUGUCAAUCCAAUUCAGCAUACGUAUUGUUUUGGGGAUUAUUUAAUUGUGUACUUGGAUUAUGUACUUUCUUUUUUUAUUUAUUUGGCUUUGUGCGUGGGGUUUUCUAGACUUUGAAGGAAGGUGGUAUUUGACUUUGAAGCUAAAGAUGGUUUGUUGUUUGAGGUAAGAGGGUUGGUUGUGGUCAGGUUCUUGUUGAUUUGAUGGGUAUUAUUUGGUCUUCAUGUUCACUGGUUUUGAUGGGUUCCCAGAACUGUGAUUCAACAAGGUCUAUUCUUUUGCUAAAGUAGAUUGAGUUUUGAGGAACAGCUGGCUGAAUCUGUGAUAAAAGGUUUGAACUCUGGAGCUUCUGUGAUGAUGUUUGUGGUGUUCAAUUGAUAUUUUUUGGCUUACUCUGUUCAAGAAUUUGAAGGUGUUUUUUUUUAUAUAUUUCAAUGGAUGUGGAUUCUGUCCUUCAUGGUUUAUCCCUUGAUGGAUUGGAAAGAAUGGUGCAUAUGUAGCUCUCUGAAUUAUAACACGGGAUUUGGAGGAAAAUCUUGAUUUUAAACCUUCUUCUCAGCAGGAGGAGGAGAAGAAGGAGAAUAGUUUGGUUUGUGGGUAUCAGGUCUUCUAGAGAGUAAAAAUGGAGGAAGAUGCUAAUUCUUGGAUAAGGAGAACCCAUUUUUCACACACCAUUUAUCAUCGGUUGGAUGCAGCAAGAUUGGCCUCCGCUUCUUUCACAAGUCAGCCAAAUCGAAUUUCGGGUGUGAAAUCAAGACCCGGAACAGCCUCUGUUUAUGCUAGGUCAGGCGCAGAAAGUGUACUGAUUCAGCAAAAUCCUGUCACAAACAAGCAAAGGGCUGUAUCACCUCUCCCAGAAAGCAAGCUUUCUGAUACCUUUAAGGAAGCUCGGUCCAAUCGAAAGAGAUUCUCAACUCCACAUCCUAGAAGGAAAGAGCAUGAGACGUGGAUUGUAGGCAAAUUGUUUCACAAAGAUUCACAAGGAACCAAGGGACUUGAUUCAAAGUCACCUUUGAAUACUAGCCCCCUUAGGCACUUCUCUUCGAUGAAAAUUAGUGAUAAAACGAAGAACAAGAAGGAAUUUGUGUGGACAAAGUAUUUUGACAAUGGUGGAGGAAGGGUUACCUCUGUGGAAACAGCAGAUGAGUAUAUGGUUGAUCUUUCAAAGCUAUUUCUUGGCCUUAGAUUUGCUCAUGGGGCACAUAGUCAGCUUUACCAUGGGAUAUAUAAGGAUGAACCUGUUGCGGUGAAAAUUAUCAGGGUUCCAGAUGAUGACGAAAAUGAAGAGUUAGCAGCUCGGUUAGUGAAACAAUUCAAUAGGGAAGUCAUUCUCUUGUCUCGACUCCACCAUCAGAAUGUCAUAAAGUUUGUAGCAGCAUGCAGAAAGCCACCCGUUUAUUGUGUUAUCACAGAAUAUCUAUCAGAGGGGUCCUUGAGGGCAUACUUGCACAAGCUUGAGCAUAGAUCUCUUCCCUUACAGAAAUUAGUCACUUUGGCUUUGGAUAUAGCUCGUGGAAUGGAGUACAUACACUCACAAGGUGUUAUUCAUAGGGACCUCAAACCUGAGAAUAUACUUAUUAAUCAAGAAUUCCAACUGAAAAUUGCUGAUUUUGGAAUAGCUUGUGAGGAGGUAUACUAUGAUCUUCUGGCAGAUGACCCAGGUACUUAUCGUUGGAUGGCACCUGAGAUGAUCAAACGUAAGUCCUAUUGCCGUAAGGUUGAUGUAUAUGGGUUUGGACUCAUUUUAUGGGAAAUGGUAUCUGGAACUAUCCCUUAUGAGGAUAUGACACCCAUCCAAGCUGCUUUUGCUGUAGUGAAUAAGAAUUUGAGACCAGCUUUACCUGGGGACUGCCCUCAUGCCAUGAGAGCUUUAAUUGAGCAAUGUUGGUCUUUGCACCCCGAGAAGAGGCCUGAGUUCUGGCAGGUGGUGAAGGUAUUAGAGCAGUUCGAGUCAUCACUUGCCCGGGAUGGAACCCUAGAUCUGGUACAAAACCAAACAUGUCAUGAUCAUAAGAAAGGGCUUCUUCAUUGGAUUCAAAAGCUUGCUCCAACGCAUCAUGAUAGUUCAUCCAUGCCUAAACCUAGAUUCACAUGA